UCCUCAUCAGGCGCACAGUGGACAGUGCUCGUGCCAGGUGGACCAUCAGAACAGCUCCCAGUACCAAAGUCACCGGGGAUUUUCUUUUUGAGGAUCCCAGAACACCGCCAACAUGCCUAAGUGCCCAAAGUGUACCAAGGAAGUGUAUUUUGCUGAGAGGGUGACAUCGCUAGGAAAGGACUGGCACAGACCCUGCCUCAAGUGUGAGAAGUGCAACAAGACUCUGUCUGCAGGCUCUCACGCUGAGCAUGAUGGGAAACCCUAUUGCAAUAACCCCUGUUACUCCGCACUGUUUGGACCUAAAGGAUUCGGGCGUGGUGGAGCUGAAAGCCACACAUUUAAAUAGACCUUGACUCAGUUUUUGCCCCACCCUGAAGAACAGACAUCCAACUCCAGAACGACCGAAUAAACAAUGAUUAACAAAAGCAAUGUUACACAAAGUAAACCAUCCCCGUUUUGAAAAUACUAGUAUAUAUUAUUGUUAACACUUGGAUGUUGUUGUGUUGGUUGCCAUGUGGUUUCUACACAGCUGAUGUUCUGAUGGGUUUUUGUUAAUGAUAUUUCGCAUUCCUUUUUGACUUUUUUUGUUUUUUCUUUGUUUUUAAAUAAACAUCUGGUUUGUAAUUUGGA